AUGUCACGCACCUCACCUACCCAGCCCCACGUUAUCGACACUCUUGACUCCUGCUGGCCAGUCACCAGGUCUACGCCACGGCGUCGACGGCGACAGUAUUCCCACCGCCUCUUGCCGCAGAGCGCUGGUUCGCUCCGCCAUCGCAGAACCAACAGCGCUUCAAUCGUGGUACCCGUCAGUGGUACCAACAAGAACCAAGAAGUACCGUCCACAGAUGAACCGGAUGUUCGGAUUCUGAGAAAACGGGACCCUAGCGCUCGGUGCGUGUCUGCGUGCAGGCUAGUUUUCGCUUUGUUGUGA